UUCAACGGAAGGAAAAAAAAAAGUAAAGAUAAAAAAGAUGCAGGCGGAGAAGAAACGAAAACAAUAGAAGUAAUAAGUUCGAUGAAAAGCUGAAGAGUUCGAUUAAUUUAUCGCCAUAUGAAGAGGAAGGGAGAGUGAGUGAGAGAGAUGCAAUUGAUUUUACAGAGGAAGAGAAGUGAAGUUCAAUUAGAAGCCCUAGAGUUUACCCUCUCUUCUCAUGAAUGCAAUGGCGAUGCCAAAAUUUGGUAAUUCGCCUAUACCUACACAUCACAAUCCUUAAUCACACAUGUGAUCGCGCAAUUCCUACUCAGACCCGCUUUGAUUUGGUCGGAGCCAUCUAGAUUCCGUUUAAUUUUUCGAUCCGGCCAAUAUUAGGGCGGUGUGUUUCGAUCCAUGGACGAUCUGGAUAUCAUGGCCCGCGACUUCGGGUUCAGGGAAUCCAAACCGAUGAGAUCCGCGCAGUUCAGCGAAGUGUUUGGCGAGCCCGCCAAGUUCACACCUAGCAGUCAACACUCUUCAAUGGGGGACAUCGAUUAUAAUUCCUUGUUCAGUUCGGAGUCAAACAAUAGUAGGUCUUCGGCUCCUGUUUAUGAUAAGCCGGUAUAUGACGACGAUAUUUUUGAAGGGCUGCCGGGAUUGAAGAGCAACUCACCUUCCUCGGCGGUUAGGUUUGACAAUGGCGUGUUUGCUGGAAAUCAGAACCAUGAUUAUGAUGAUAUGUUGGGGAAUUUUGGUAGGAGAGAGCAAGCAAAGGAGAACAUUAUGGGCAAUAGUGCUAAGAGCAAGAGCAAUUCAAGUUCGAAGGGAUAUGAAGACCUGCUUGCAGGGUUUGGGAGUGCCCCUUCUGCUGCUAGCAACAGAACAGAGUCAGAUUUGCGCUCUGUACCAGUUGGUGGCUCAAAGCAUGGAAGUGUUCUGGAUGAGACAGUUUCAGCCCAAGAUUGUUCGUCAUCCAGGGUAUUUCCUGAUCCACUAGAGGAUAUCAGUAAGCAUGGAAAAUCUAGGAAAACAAGGGCUAAAGCUUCAUCAGGUGGUAGCAGAGGCUUUGAGGACUUAAAUCCUCUUAAUAGUUUUGGAAAACCUGCCCAGUCUUUUUCCCGUGGGAAGGAUACAGGAGGUAAAGAAGGGAGUCCUUCAAGAUCUGCAUCUCCGCAAUUUGUUUCAAGAGAAAAGAUAGGGAGUUCUUCUUCCAGAUACUCAGAAAGCAAUAUGGAGACGAAAAGUCCUCUAGAUAACUUUCAGGAACCUCCCUUAUUUCGCAUGCCAAAAUUUUCUACAGACUUUCAGAAAUCUUUUGAUCAAACUGCUCCUCAAUAUUUUGAAACAAGCUCACACAUUGAUACAUCUCCCCCAUCAUCAGGAUUAGGACAGCAGUCAGAUGAUGUAUGGUUGACUGUAUCUGAGAUUCCUCUUUUCACGCAACCCACAGCUGCUCCACCUCCCUCACGGCCUCCGCCACCCAUUCCUCAUCAUAAGUUAAGGGCAGAAACAGUUUCCUCUUAUUCAAGUUCAAAAAAGAAAGGUGAUAAAUUCCCUCCCCCGUCAAAUCAUCAUCAAUAUUCCCAAAGUCCUAAGAUGUCACGUCCUGUGACCAAGGGCCAGCAGCUUUCGCAGUUUGGUGAACUUGAUGACUUUGCCCAGGGUGGGUCCCGAAAUGGCCUUGAUGGAAGUGUAACCCUACAUUCUACUGAAGAUACCAAUGCAUUCUCUGCUGCUGCUGAUGCAUCAGCUGCAGCUAUGAAGGAGGCCAUGGAGAAAGCUGAGGCUAAAUUCAGGCAUGCUAAGGAGGUGCGCGAAAGGGAAUAUGUGAAGACUGCAAGAUAUAAGGAAUCUGUACAGCUGGAGAAAGAUGAACAUGAUAGUCAGGAGAGAAAUCUGAGAGAUAUCAAUGACAUAUUGGAGCAUGCAAGGAAACAAAAGGAAGAGGAAGAGAGAGAGAAGAUAAGACUUCAGAGGGAGAGGGAGAGAUCAAUGGAGAUUGAAAGAGAGAAGGGUAGACAGGCUGUAGAAAGGGCUAAUCGUGAAGCACGUGGUAGGGCAGCAGUUCAUGCACGUGAAAAACAAGCCGCUGAAGCUCACUUAAGAGCUGAAAAGGCUGCUGUUGAGAAGGUAAGUGCUGAAGCUCGAGGACGUGCUGAAAAAGUAGCAGUGCAAAGGGUACAAGCUGAGGCCCGUGAAAGAGCUGCUGCAGAAGCCAGAGGGAGAGCAGAAAAGGCUGCUGCAGAAGCUAGGGAAAGAGCCACUGCUGCAGAAACAAAAGAUAAAGAACUUAGGGAAAAAGCUUUUGCGGUAAGGGCUGAAGCAGAAGCAAGACGUCGGGCUGAAAGAGCUGCUGUUGACAGGGCUGCAACAGAAGCACGUGAAAGGGCAGCAGCAGCUGCAACUGCUACAAUGAUGAAUCAUCAGAGGAAUGAUGAUGAUCUGGAAUUAAUUUUUGGCAUGGGACGAGCAAACAGUGCACCUAAGGCACGAGAAAAUUCCACUAAUCCCUUUUCUAGUCAGCAGUAUCAGAACAAGGGAGGUGCUGAAUCUGGAAAGAGAACAUCUUCUAAUGGAGUCUCGUCCAACAUGAAGAAAGUUUCUUCCAGUUCUAAUAUUAUUGAUGAUUUAUCAUCUGUUUUUGGAGCUCCAUCAGCUGGAGAAUUCCAAGAGGUUGGAGGGGAAACUGAAGAAAGAAGACAAGCCAGGCUGGAGCGCCACCAACGCACUCAAGAGCGUGCUGCUAAAGCUGUGGCUGAGAAGAAUCAACGGGAUCUGCAAGCUCAGAUGGAGCAGGAAGAAAGACAUAGGAUGGCCGCAACAUUAGAUAUUGAAAUCAAGCGCUGGGCGGCUGGAAAAGAAGGAAAUAUGCGAGCCUUAUUAUCAAGUUUGCAAUAUGUGCUUUGGCCCGAAUGUGGCUGGCAGCCUGUUUCACUGACAGAUUUAAUUGUUGGUGCCUCUGUCAAAAAAGCCUAUAGAAAAGCUACCCUAUGCAUUCAUCCUGACAAGAUGCAGCAAAAGGGUGCCACUCUCCAACAGAAGUACAUCACCGAAAAGGUCUUCGACUUGCUGAAGGAGGCGUGGAAUAAAUUCAACUCGGAGGAGCUUUUCUAAGUGCUGGCUCGAAUUCUUAAUCUUUGAGAAGGAAGUACACACCAUCUGAAGAAUGUAAAAUCAGUGGUCUCAAAGCAUUGCAUGCAAGUAAUGACACUCUUUGGUGCGUUUUUUGGGUAUUUCGAAGGGUGGAAUAUGAUACGAGACCUCUGCUCUGCGGUUGCUGCUGAGAUUCUUGAAAAGUUUGUACAUCUACGUGUAAAUUUGAUGGAAAUGCUACAUAUAAUACAAGUGAACCAAACUUGAAAGAUAGAGAAUAUUGAUUACCAAUUACCAUAUCUUUUUCUGUUUUUUCCCCCUUCUA